AUGGUGGACCAAGGCAGUAGUGCUGAGAUUAUGUACCCCGACUUGUACAAGGGGCUAAGUUUGAAACCCGAGCACUUAACAGCCUAUGAUUCCCCUUUGCUGAAUUUUGAUGGGAAGGUUGUCAUUUUGAGAGGCCAAAUUUUACUACCCGUGCAAGUUGGUCUGGAGAUAGUGGAGGUGGACUUCAUCGUUGUGGACGCUUAUUUCCCCUACAUGGCCAUUAUGGGCAGGCCCUGGCUCUAUGCCCUGGGAGCAGUCUCUUCUACUUUGCACCAGAAGGUGAAAUAUCUGUCGGACGACCAAAUUAAAGAGACUGUUGGAACCGAGGAGGCAAAAUAUGAAGAUUUGGAAAAGGUCGUUGUUGGUAAGGAUCCGGAGAAGUUCUUUCAAAUCGGGGCUCAGCUACCUCCUCCAAAGAAGGAAGAGCUGGUAGAGGUUCUUAGAAAAAAUGUUGAUGUGUUCGCAUGGAGCACUUACAAGGCCCCGGGGGUGGAUUUAAGCUUCACUUGCCAUCACUUAAAUGUUAAUCCAUCCAUCACUCUCAAAAAGCAACUAUCUCGACGCCCAUCUAAAGAGCAUGCAGAUGCUGUUAGAGACGAGUUGGGCAAAAGUAUUAAAGCCUACAUAGACGACAUGAUGGUGAAGAGUAAGGUGGUGUCCAAGAAUGUGGGAGAUCUUGGAAACAUAUUUGAAAUUCUAAGGAAACAUAAGUUGCGCCUGAACGCUUCCAAGUGCUCAUUUGGUAUGGGAUCAGGCAAGUUCUUGGGAUACAUGGUGACUCAUAGGGGAAUUGAGGUCAACCUCGAUAAAAUCAAAGCCAUUAACAGUUUGCAACCACCUCGAAAUCCUAAAGAGGUCUAA